AUGGAUCACAUCGAACAAUUCUACAGGUAUACAGCUCGAAACCCUCUUCACCAAAUACUAGACCAGUACAGAGGUAGUCCCGAUUUUCAAAAUGGAUCUAUGCGAGAAAUCGAUUCAUUACUUCUUGACCUCCGAACUUAUAUCACACGAUUCCUUCGAACCACGGAAAAUCACGCCCUUACAAUUUUAAAUUCAAACAUAGCUAAUCUUCAAACUAAAGUAUUGAAUGGGGAGGUUUCUAACUUGGAUUUUGUACAACUGAUCUAUUUGAUCAAUUUUGAAAGCGAUCGUCAAAUUAUGUCUCAUAUUAUUCUAAUUGCUGAUGUACUCACCCGGGUAGAUCCUCCAAUACUUCCAGAUUUACAAAUCCCCAUUACUCAGGAGAAAAGAUCGACGACAUCUCUAUUGCGGAACGUCGCAGAACAACAUGAGUAUGACACCACCAGAGAUGUCCUCCAAGAGGCACUCAGGGCCGAGCUCACUGGCUAUACUUAUAAAUCUGUCGAUAACUUCUGGGAGAGGUAUCGCGAUCAAGGUCAAUGUGGAAAUAACCAUAUAUUCAGUGACAACAUGGACGAGGAUACAAUGAAAGAAUGGUUCAUUACAUUUCACAGGAUAUAUUUGGAACCAUUCACAGCCCCACCAACAAAUCCUAAUGAACUUCCUUCAGCUAGGAACCCUAACGAGUUCUAUGUCCGUGGGAAGUUUUCUUUCACUUCUACCCCAGCUCAGCUACAAGGUAGUCGAUGUAACCGGCAAGUAGAUGUCUUUGUCGAGCAUUCCGAUAACCUUCAAAGAUGGGGUUAUCACUGGAGGGACGUGAGGGUAGUGGGCGAGUUCACCAAGUCAGCCGGUAAAAAAAGUGUUAAAUUUCACCAGCUCAUGCUGUACGUGCGUGAAGUGUUUUACGCGCAGCCACUGCGUCGAUUUGUUCAUGGGUUUUGCUUGCACAAGAGGCAUAUCGUUUUCUGGAUUAUCGACAGGUCGGGAGCGUAUAGCUCCUGUGAGAUUAACGUAAUCGAAGAUCAAGAAAAGUUGGUCCGAGCUCUUUCGGCAUACACGCUCAUGAGUGAUCAAGAGCUUGGCCUUGACACUACGAUCCAAAUUCAUGAAGGACGCUCCUUCAUCAAAAUUCGAGAUGGCGAUUUAACACUGGAAAGAUGGGUCGAGAUCGAUCCUGUGCCAGUAUCUCGACUAGAGACUGUGUUAUCUCGGGGCAACCUCUGCUAUCGUACGAUUAACAUGAAAUACCUGAUCAAGUUUUCAUGGGGAUCUGGUGCGGAACAUUCAGAGAUCGAUUUCUUGAAAGACGCACGAGCGGUGAACGGCGUAGUUGAUCUGGUAUGGGCCAAGCAGAUAUAUCAGGUUCAGACUCAUCGAGAAGGGCUAGACUUUUCGACCGGAAAACGGUGGAACAUGGGGAAAAAGAACUGGCUUUCCAUUGGUAUAGAGGAGACAGAAAUUGAAUAUUUCAAGAAACGUAAACUCACUUUAGCCGUCAUAUCUCCUUACGGUCGACCCCUCAAGACUUGCACAUCGCUCUGGGAGUUUCUAAGCGGCUUGCUUGAUGCUAUAAUUGGGCAUCGCAAUUUAUAUCUUGACGCUAACAUUCUUCAUGGCGACAUUUCUGAAAGUAAUAUCAUUUUGACAACGCCAGCUCAAAAUGGUAUUACACGUGGAAAGCUCAUUGAUCUAGACAUGUCCUUAUAUGUCGCCGGCUAUAAUGAGGCUAAAAGUAUAACGGGUACCAUGAAAUUUAUGGCGCUAAAGGUCUUGCAAAGUAUUGCUCUAAAAGAAUAUACAAUUGUGAGAACCUACCGUCAUGACCUUGAGUCGUUCUUUUACGUCUUUCUUAUGGGAUGUGUCUGUUACGGUCGUGAUUCGGAUUCGCAUGAUAAGCAUUUUAUUGAAUGGUGUUCAAGUAUACCUUCGAGGAAUCAAGGUGCAAAGUUAUUAGACAUUGGGAUGUAUUUCCAGGCAAGGAUAAUAGAUAACUUUUCGCCACACUUUAACGGCAUCAAGGAAUUGGCGUUUGAGUUGCGUAAUAUAAUUUUUGGAGAAAAUGCUUUGUCUUUCGAUACCCCCAGACAAAGUGCAGUACUAUAUGAUCCUAUAAUUACUGCAUUUCUUAAAACCCUCGAAAAAAUUAAUAACGGAAUCAUCAGAAAUAAGACAUGGACAUUAAGAGCUUGA